GUGACAUCACCAGUGUGUGACGCCAGUAAAGGUAAGCAGCUCCUGAUCCUCAGCUCUCCCCAGCGCACUGCAGAGCACAAAAUGGCCAUGGAGACAGAUGGCAACUGCCCCAUUUGCCAGGACACUCAGAAGGAUGUGGCUUCUACUCUGCCCUGUCACCACUGUUUCUGCCUGGGCUGUAUCCUGCGGUGGGCUCAGAGAAAUCCAUCCUCACUCUGCAGAAGAACAAUAGAGACUAUCAGGUUUUCUGACAGUGAAGACGACUAUCUGGAGACAGCUAUCACAGCCCCUGAGGAGCUGCCAGAUGGCAGGGACAACUCCAGACGCCUGGAUGAGAACAGCCCCUAUUUCCCAGUGGCAUCCCAUCCAUCUUCUCCACAGGGUACACUAUCCCCACCUGAGCAGAGGGCCUCAGAGCUGGAGUUUGGGGGUGGCCUUCUUCCUGAGGUCUGGGCAGGACUUUUCCGUGGACGACAGCAGCUCCUGGACCCUGUGCGGCCCUGGCUGCGCCAGAGGCUGGAGGGAAUAUACCGGAGCUGGUGGUGGCUGGUCGAGGCCGCAGAGAGCACCAUCCUGCACGACCUCUGUGUCAAGGGGCCGAAUGCACAGGCCUUGAUUGAGGGGCUGGAGCCUCUUCUCAAGCAACACACAACACUGCUGGUCCAUGGUGCCAUCAACAUAAUCGUGAGCCAGUGCAGCGAGGAGGCCCAGAGGCUGCUGCACUCUGGUGCAGUCAGAGAUGAGAACAACAGCCCUGUGGCCAGAGCCAGCUCCAGCAGCAAUUCCAGGAACUCCAGCUCCAGCAACUCCAGCUCCAGCUCCAAUAGCUCCAGGACCAGCAGUUCCUGGGAGAGGAGUCCCACCAGUGGUCCCAAAGGCUGUAACUUGGAGGAGGAAGUCAGCACAUUGGAGGCUACUUCUCCCAGGGGUCCCAGGCAUCCCCCACCUGUGCCUGUCCCUGCAGAGCAGGAGCAGCCCCAGGAGGAGCUGGGGCAGGCAAUGACAGUGGCAGGUCCCUCUGCCCAGGGCAGCAGCUGCAGCCUCUCUAUGCCCAGCCAGGGCAGGGAGUGAUUGCCCGAGGGAUUCCAGCACCCUCCAACCAGCCUCCAGCUCCCAAGAAUCUCCUCAGCCCAGCAAGAGGCCACCCCACUGGCAGCAUUAGCAGAGCUCUUGCAGCUCUUUAUUCAAAGAAAGGGAAAUAAAUUGUUAUUUCCCUCACACAGUCUCUCUUGCUGUUUUCUCUCUCUUCUACUUCCUUUCCUCUUCCCCUUGUGCCCCACUGAUGGUGUUUUACACACCAGAUCAGUAAUUGUUGGGGCGGAAACACCUUGAAGGGGGUUCAGGGAGGUGUAUACAGAGGGGGAAGGGAUGGGUCAAACCUCAUGGAGCUGAGGUGGUGUUGUAUCCCUCAUGUCAGGGCCUGGAGCCCACACGGGGAAGCCCUGGAGCAGCUAUCAGUCACAAACAGUCCUGGAAAAUUUCAACACCCCACAGCUCCUGGAGCCCCUAACCCAGCCUCAGAUUAGCAGGGACAGUGAGGAUACUGCCCUUCACCCUAGCCUGAAGACCCAGAGUGUCCAGUGGGUCAGAGGCCCCCCCUGGCGGGGGUUGGCCAUAAGGACCAGAGCAGGUAUUGCCAUGCAAUCGUGGCCCUGCCAUCCAGACCUGAGAGCUGGUAGCUAUAUAAUCUGUCUCCUCCUUUUGCCAAGCUCCUUUAUUUUCUUCCCUAAAAAAAAAGUGCCUCUUGGGAACAAGUGUGUGGCUUAUUCUCCUGACACUAUCUCAAGGUGUUGAAGAACCCUCUCUCUAUAUAUUUUAAAGUAAAACUCUAGGCUAAGCCCAUGAGCUUGUGGCUCCAGGGCUGGAGUGUUAUAGGGUGGCACCCAUGUGGUGAGGUACACAGCCAUGGGCCCCUGGAGCCCCAGGGCCAUUUUGGACAUGCUUCUUCCCAUAAGAAUUUC